CAAGAGGCUGAAGUUGGCAAAGGGGAAGUGAAGGAAGUCUUGCAAGCACUUGAGGAAUUGGCCCUCAACUUUGACCAAAAAGCAAGUGCACUUCAACAACGUUCCAAUGAAGUUGACGAUCUUCAGGAACAAGUUAAUAAACUAAAAGAGAAUCUGGAAGCCAAGGAAUGCCAAAAUGACAAUGCGGAGAUUUCUACACAAAUGAAACAAAAAAUUAUGGAUCUUCUUAACUCACUAAUGCUUGAUCUCGUCGAAAUCGGUGGCCUAAUCAAUCCCGGUUUGGCAGUUUUAAACUGA